AUGGAGCGCCCGGCCAAAAGAGCCCGAGUCUCACCAGAAAGUCCAUUUAGGGAGGCUCAAUUAAAGGACAGUCCUGCACCACUAGCUUCUCUUCACAGGUCCAUCACGCCGCCGCCGAGGGCUCGCGAACGGGCCCCGCCAGCCGCCCCGAGACCUCCAUGUAGGGACAUGGUUAACGACCAGGAUGAGUCUGAAAACAGUGAACGGAAGCCUUCUGAUGGGACACCCUCUCAAGGCACUACUCAAGUCAUCCCAUCACCAUUCCAACUCACCCAUAUUCAGGAUUACCCGCAAUCCAAAGGAUACAAUGUCGACACAGUCAAACUUCACGAUAUCCUGGGUGAUCCCAUGAUUCAAGAAUGUUGGCAGUUCAACUAUCUUUUUGAUGUGGACUUUCUCAUGUCUCAAUUUGAUCAGGAUGUACGGAGCCUGGUCAAGGUCAAGAUCGUGCAUGGGUCCUGGGAACGAGAGUCUGCCAAUCGUAUUCGUGUUGAGGAAGCGUGCUCGCGGUACCCAAAUGUCGAGCCCAUCAUUGCUUACAUGCCCGAGCGAUUCGGGACGCAUCAUUCCAAGAUGAUGAUUCUCAUCCGACAUGACGACCUGGCCCAGGUUGUCAUCCACACGGCAAAUAUGAUUCAUGGAGACUGGGCAAAUAUGACUCAAGCUGUCUGGCGGUCUCCUCUACUUCCCUUGCAAGCAGUUCCAAACACGACAAAUGUGUCAUCUCAGCAAACGGCAUUUGCGUCUGGUGCGCGAUUCAAGCGAGACUUGAUUUCAUAUCUUAGGGCAUAUGGAUCCAAAAAGACAGGGUCGCUCGUCCAGCAGUUAAAUCGGUUCGACUUUGACUCUGUUCGGGCUGCGCUCAUUGCGAGUACGCCCUCAAAGCAAGUGUUAUACAAUGUCGACUCCGAAACCGCUACCCUAUGGGGCUGGCCUGCUCUCAAGGACCUUAUGGGCCGGAUCCCAACACGAAGAACGACGGCAAAAUCAACAAAAGGGUCCACAAUUCAGUCACAUAUCGCUAUUCAGAUCUCUUCAGUUGCCUCGUUGGGCCAAACAAACAAGUGGCUCAAGGACGUUUUCUUCGAAGCACUUGCCCCUAAGGAGCCGAUCCCAAAGCCUAAGUUCUCAAUCAUAUUCCCUACACCAGACGAGAUCCGUCGGUCCCUCGAAGGAUACGGCUCUGGCGGAUCUAUCCACAUGAAGACACAGAGCAGCCCACAGCGCAAACAACUUGAUUACAUGCGCCCAUAUCUCUGCCACUGGGCUGGAGAUGAGAGCGUCGCGUCUUCCGCCUGUAUCGAUCUGUCAGGGGACACUCCUCCCAGGCGAGAAGCAGGCCGAAACCGGGCGGCACCGCACAUCAAAACCUACCUUCGAUACAGCGAUGCAGAGACCAUGAACACGAUCGAUUGGGCAAUGGUGUCGUCUGCAAACCUGUCUACUCAGGCGUGGGGUGCGGCGGUGAAUCAGAGUGGCGAAGUGAAAAUCUCCAGCUGGGAGAUUGGUGUUGUGGUUUGGCCAGAGUUACUGGCGAAUCGAAGGGAUGCUGAAGAAGACGGUCCAGGAUCAAGUUCCGCAGUAAUGGUGCCGUGUUUCAAACAGGACAGGCCAGACGUGACGCCGCUGCCUGCGAAUUAUGAGACUGUGGUUGGCUUUCGAAUGCCCUACGAUCUCCCAUUGACGCCGUAUGGACCCCUGGACGAACCGUGGUGCGCUACGGCAUCGCAUACCACGCCCGAUUGGCGGGGACAAACCUGGAUCAAUUAG